AUGACCCUUUAUAAUGGAGGGGCCUGGCUUGGGAGAGCCAGAGAAGAGCUGGGUCAGCUGUGAGAAGGCCAGAGAAUGGCAGAGCCCGGGGCCCUGCCUACCGGCUUCGGGGAACUGGAGGUGCUGGCGGUGGGGACACUGCUGCUGGUGGAAGCUCUCUCCGGUCUCAGCCUCAAUAGUCUGACCAUCCUCUCUUUCUGCAAGACCCCGGAGCUGCGGACUCCCAGCCACCUGCUAGUGCUGAGCUUGGCUCUGGCAGACAGCGGGAUCAGCCUGAACGCCUUCGUUGCCGCCACAUCCAGCCUCCUCCGGCGCUGGCCCUAUGGCUCCGAAGGCUGCCAGGCUCACGGCUUCCAGGGCUUUGCCACGGCGUUGGCUAGCAUCUGCAGCAGCGCAGCCAUCGCUUGGGGGCGCUAUCACCACUACUGCACACGCAGCCGACUGGAUUGGAACACAGCUGUCUCCUUGGUGUUCUUUGUGUGGCUGUCUUCUACCUUCUGGGCAGCCCUGCCCCUCCUGGGCUGGGGCCACUAUGACUAUGAGCCGCUGGGGACGUGCUGCACCCUAGACUAUUCCAGGGUGGACAGAAACUUCACCAGCUUCCUCUUUACCAUGGCCUUUUUCAACUUCCUCCUGCCCCUCUUCAUCACAGUCACCUCCUAUCGGCUCAUGGAGCAGAAACUUGGGAAGACUGGCCGUCCCCCGGUGAACACCAUUCUGCCAGCCAGGACGCUGAUGCUCGCCUGGGGUCCCUAUGCCCUCCUGUAUCUAUAUGCAACCUUCGCGGAUGUGACCUCCAUCUCCCCCAAGCUGCAGAUGGUGCCGGCUCUCAUCGCCAAGAUGGUGCCCACGGUCAACGCCAUCAACUAUGCCCUGGGCAGCGAGAUGGUGCACAGGGGAAUCUGGCAGUGCCUCUCCCCACAGAGAAGAGAGCGGGAUCGAGAGCAGUGAGCCUCUCCAGGGAGGAGGGAGGCUGCACUGAGCCCCUCGCAGAAGGCUGUCCCGGGAGUCCUGCCCAGUUUCAGACACUCAAGUACCAUCCCUGAUGGCCCUGCUGAGCCUGGCCCAAGGCCGGACACAGGGGAUUCGGAGAGAAACCAGGUUGCAUGGAAGGAGCUGGUACUUGGGAGCCAGACAGACCCGAGCGUUGGUCAUGGCCCUCUACCCGGAGGCUGAGAGACCCUGGGAAGUCAUGCUCUCUGAACUGAGCAUCCUGACUCCUAAUGGAAAGACGUUAUUAACUGGACUUCGGGUCUGCUAUGAGGCUUGAACAUGCUAGUGUGUACUGAGCAUGCACAUAGAAGCUGCUCAUUAGAACAGCUGUUAGGACUCAGAGUCUUACAUAGAAAGGGCUGGAAGCCUUGAGCUUACUUGUGGGAGCCGGGCCUAGGCUGCUAGCAUUCAAACACCAUGUAUUAAAUCAUGAUCUAGGGCAUUUGUUUUCCAGCUUGA